AUGAGCGUCAUGGGUACGAUGGCCGGCAUGGGCGGGGGGGGCGGAGGUCAAGCGCCCCAGCAGUUUCGGAUAAGGACCAGGCCACCGACGGGUCCUGACAUGAUGGAGGUUGAGGAUGACCGGCACCCGAAAAUGUCCUCGCUCCACUCGGCCUCUCUCCCUCCCUGCUAUCCGGGAGAGUUGGAGGAAGUGCGUUUGGCGAGGACGGAAGGCCUGCGGGAGUGCCUGAGCAUCGUCAAGGAGUGCGGCGAAGAGGCUGUAAAAGAGGCCGGCACGGACUGCAUUCGAAGCGUCUCCGAUUUCAUCGCAGGGUGGCGUUUUCGCGACGGGGAUGGAGGCGGUGCGAAGCAUGUGGGGGAGAGCGACCUGGUUCCUCUGGCUGUCGUUGACGCAGGUCUCCAGCUGGGGGAUCGGAGGUCCGCCGUCCAGCACAUGAAGGAGGGUCUGGAGAGGGGCAACGGGGAAUUGGGCGGGAGACGGCGGCCUCAGGUGGUGGCGGUGCUGAGGGCUCAGGAUUGCAGAACCGUGGAAGCAGCCUUCAAGCAAAUACUGCGACAGAAGUGCCACGCCAGGGGGGGGGCGCGUUCGCGCCGUCCCCUGUUCAUGGACGCCCUCGAGGAGUGGUACGGCUCCUGCGCGAUCUCAUCUUCAACUUCAACUUGGGAGCCUUCGGGAGAGGAAGAGGGGGGCGAAGAUGGCACUGCUGUGGACGGCGCAAGGGCCCCCGGCCGCAGGGUAGCGGCAGCGGCCGCGGCGCGGCGAAGGCAAGGUCCCGUGGUGGUCCUGCUGGAAGAUGUGGAAGGUUUCGACAAGCAGGUUCUCCGGGAUCUCCUGAACGUGCUGGCGCAGCCUCCCUGCAAGAGCCGACGUGUCCAGCGGAAGACCGGGGGCACCGUGAAUCGAUUAGGGGGUACCGUGACGAGGUUCGGCAGGACGCUUCCUUUGGCACUGGUGGCAAUCGCUUCGGCGCGCGUGGGUUUCCCGAUGGACAGGCUUUCUCCGUCAGCGGUGAGGCAGCUAUCUCCGGAGAACUUCUACUUCCCGUCGUCCGUGGAGUGCAUCGACUUGCUCUAUGAGAAGCUCUUCGUCCAGCGCCGGCUGCCGGUGUGGAUGGGAGGCCGCUUGCUCUCUUGGAUGAAGACUACGUUCGACGACACUCACCUCUCUCUGGGGAUGUUCUCCCGCCAGGUGAUCAUGGCCGCCUUCCUGCACUUCAACCGCCCGGCGAGCUACCUCUGCCUUCAGCACUGCCGCCCCUGGCUCUGGAGGUCCUCCUUGUCGAACUGCCCCGUCGAAGCGAUGACCCACAUGAAAUACAAGCUGGCACGGGACUCGAAGAGCAUGCCGGCUAACACGCUCCAGGCGAGCCUCCCCGGGGUUCCGGCAAGACUCGACCCCCAACAGGCGGCGGGAUUGAUCGAGAAGGGGCUGCGGAGGGAGGCCAGCAUGGCUCUGCGGGUGUGGUUCUUCCACAAGGUUUGGAGCGUGCUCCUCAAGUCGUUGGAAGGGCGUGAAACACCCGUGGAACUGCUGAGGAUGGCCGACGCGGUUCUGGGACGGCCUGGCCGGCAAGCUGGAGGCACAAGGGAAGGGGCGGGCGCCGGGCUUGACGUCGGAACGAUGCGGCAACGUGCGGUGAAGCUCGGCAGCUCGGUGCGCAUUCUCGGCCUUCUUUCCGCUUCGAAGAAGUCCAGGCGGUACUACGCGGAGCUGAAAGAGGUUUCGGAGGCGUUGGCAUACCUAUUGCCCGGCGAGGUCAAGGGUCUGCUGCGCGAGCUUCUUCGCGCGCUUCCUUCGGCCAAUCAAAGGGCGGCGGCGGCGGCGGCGGCGACCGAUCCCAGCGCCGCCGCUGAUGCUGAUGCUGAUGCUGAAAGCGGCGCAAUUAGUGCUACCACGGGUUCCGACGAUGCUUCGACGGACGAUCGUUCCCCGGAACUUUCUGGGAGCACUUCUCCGGAACGUUCCGCGGAACGGUCUGGGAACACUUCUCCGGAAAUUUCCCUGAAAACGACCUCUCCGGGCCCUUCUUCGGAACGAUCUCCAACAAAACGUCGGGAAAUUUCUGGGAAAAAAAGUUCUCAAGAACGUCCUCCGACAAUAUCUCAGGAACGUCCCGCGGAAAAUUCUCGGGAUUUCUCCUCCUCUCCGACUGCGCCGCUUGUGGUCCAGGGUCUGGAUCGAACGGAAGCCGACUACCUGAGGCGAGGUGCCGAGAGGGUGCUGGGGCAGUGGGGCAGGGCUGAACAGGAGGGCUGGGCGGAGCCCGACGAUAACACCAUCGAAUGGGGCCGCUCCACCUCCUACCUCAACACCUGCGCGACAAGCGGCGGAACCUCAGGGGGAGGCGGCGGCGGAGGCGGCGGAAAGUCUGCCGGUUCGAGGGGUAACCGCCUCUUCUCCAGUCGGAGCCGUCAACCGGCCGGGUCCGAGAACGGGGGGGCUCCCUCGAAUGCAGAAGACAACCAGGACCAGAGGGAGGCGCUGAAUCGGGCGUGCCUGGUGCGAGAGCUUCAGCUGCUGUUCCUGCACGUCAUGGGAGAAGCCAGAGCCGCUUCACUCGGGCCGGGGAUGGUACCCCCCCCUCCCCUUGCGGAGCACACCUCCGUUCUCGCCGAGGCGUACUGCUGCGACGAGAAGGAAAAGGAUGCCAUCGAGAGCUCUCUUUGUCCCCUGGCACGCGCCAACGUCGACCUCGGUAUGAUGGAGGGCGCCUGCAAGGGAUCCUCUCGAGUCAUCCUCCAGAGGCGGAGCAUGUCGGAGGAGAUCCCCGUGCUCGACCUCUGCGCCCUCUACUCCUGCUACCGGGGCCACGGGAAGACCAUCGACCGCUCCGACUGGUUUCUCGACUUCAGGAAGGAAGCCCUCAAACACAAGACGCGCAUCCCCGCCGCCGCCAAAGCCACGGCGCCCUCCACGGGAGGAAAAACCAAGAAGAAGUCCUCCCGCUCACGAGAAAUUUCAGGCGGCGCUGGCGGGGGAGGGGUGCAAACCUCUUCCAAGGGCGGCGGCGGUGUCCCAGACGAGGAGGGCGCUAUCGACCCAACCGGCGGGGCCGAGCUGCUGGCGCGCUUCGAACACGCCUCCGACCAGCUUGCGUCGAUGGGCUACGUGAGGCCGCUCAAGCGGAGGAAGAGGGCGGAGGCGGAGGGCGGCGGGGGUAAGGGUCAGGCUCCGGGCCCGAAGGGUAGCGUGACCCGACUCGUCUUCUCCUACACCAUGGAGGACGGCGCUCUGUAG